CAAGGUACAACAGCCCAGCUGUCAUGGGGAAGAUAAUCUUCUAUGAGGACAAGGACUAUGGCGGCCGUCAUUUUGAGUGCAGUGGUGACUGCACAGACAUGCUCGGCCUACUCAGCUGCUGUAACUCUAUCAAGGUGACUUGUGGGUGCUUUAUGAUCUACGAGAAGACAAACUACACAGGCCACCAGUACUACCUGUGUCCAGGAGAGUAUUCUGACUACCAUCACUGGAUGGGCAUCAGUGACAACAUCAAGUCAUGUCACAUCAUCCCCUCGGUGCCUGGAUCCUACAACAUGCAUCUCUUUGAGAGAAUAGAAUACGGGGGGCAGAUAAUGGAUCUGGUGGAUGACUGUCCCAGUGUCCAGGAUCGUUUCCACGUCAACAACAUUUUCUCUUGCAAUGUGAAAGCAGGAAACUGGCUGUUCUAUGAGCACCCUAACUACCAAGGAAGAAUGUACCUUUUAAGACCUGGGGAUUACAGGAGAUUCAGCGAAUGGGGCGGAAAAAGUGCCAGAGUGGGUUCCAUUCGACGAAUCACAGACUACUAAAUAUACCCUCCCCUCAAUUCAUGGGAUGCUUUGGCUAGCUCCUCUGCUGCUAGCAGCUAAUCAUAGGGGAUGAUAACGCUUUGAGCAAUAAACUAGGACACAGAGCUCAGUGAUGAAUACAGACUCAUGAAACCAUCUUCCUAUCAUUUUCAUCUCAAGUGAUUGUGUAUGCCACACGCUUACUCAACACAAAUGAAUAAUCCACCUUUCAUAUUCUUGGAAUAAAACACAAACAUUAAAGAAUCCAGGAAAUGAAAUUGAAAUCAGAGAAGAUCCCUCAACAAAUAUCAACAUCAUCAAAGUAUACGAAAUGAAGAAGAAUCAAGGGUAUAACUUACUUUGAUGUAAUAUUGUCCAAAUAUAUUGGAUGGACCAAUACUCAUCAGUUAUGACAAUAUAAUCUGAUCAGCCAUAGUCUGCUAAUAGUAGCAUGUCUCUGGGCCUGUUCAUGACC